CCAGUCAUACCGCUGAGUGGAACCGUGUGGAAUGUCUGUCAAGCGACUCAUUGUUAAUUUAGGUGUACUAGCUCGUACAUCGAUAGUUGUAUCUGCUGGCAUUCACAGUGCUGCGAACAAAGCGUCAUCUUGCUCCGCAUCACAAAUAGUUUCGCGAUUUUUCCACACUACCGUAGCAACGUUACAAGUUUCCACGAAAAAAUCCUUAUCAACGAUGGCUCCACUGAGUGCAGAGUACGACUAUGACCUCGUCGUAAUUGGCGGCGGAUCGGGCGGUUUGGCGUGCGCCAAGGAAGCCGUGCAAUUCGGUGCGAAAGUUGCCGUGCUAGAUUUCGUCGAGCCGUCACCGCAGGGCAGCAAAUGGGGUCUCGGCGGCACAUGUGUAAAUGUUGGAUGCAUCCCGAAAAAACUCAUGCAUCAAGCGGCGUUGCUCGGCGAGGCAAUUCACGACGCAAAAGCUUAUGGAUGGGACGUGCCCGAGCCGGAAAACAUCAAAAGUGUAUGGGCGAAUUUGGUGGAAGCCGUGCAAAAUCACGUAAAAUCCGUCAAUUGGGUGACCCGAGUGGAUUUGCGCGACAAAAAAGUGGAAUACAUCAAUGGCCAUGGGUACUUUAAGGAUCCCCAUACCGUCGUUGCGGUCAUGAAAAACAAGAGCGAGAAGGAAUUACGGGCAAAAUUCGUUGUUGUCGCUACCGGAGGACGUCCCCGCUAUCCCGACAUUCCCGGAGCACUUGAACACGGAAUUACCAGCGACGAUAUUUUCAGUCUGGAUCGCGAACCAGGCAAAACUUUGGUUGUCGGUGCCGGAUAUAUCGGUCUUGAAUGUGCUGGAUUCCUAAAAGGUUUGGGCUACAACGCUACCGUUAUGGUCCGUUCCAUCGUGCUUCGUGGCUUCGAUCAACAAAUGGCUGGCAUGGUAACUAACGCAAUGAUCGAAAAAGGCGUCAAUUUCAUCUUCGAAGCCAUCCCCUUGUCUGUCGAGAAACAAGAUGACGGCAAAUUACUCGUGAAAUAUCGCAACAAGGACGGAUCUGAAGCGCAUGACGUCUUCGAUACGGUUCUUUUCGCGAUGGGUCGCACUGCGAACACCUCCCGCAUCGGUCUUGACAAAGCUGGAGUCGAGCUCGUUAAGGAUUCCGACAAAAUUGACGUCAACGAAGCCUCACAAACGAAUGUUCCUCACAUUUUCGCUGUCGGAGACAUUUUAUACAAGCGUCCCGAACUAACUCCAGUCGCCAUUAAUGCUGGACGUAUCAUCGCUCGUCGUAUUUUCAACGGAAGUCAAGAAGUAAUGGACUAUGACGAUGUUGCAACGACCGUUUUCUCGCCCCUGGAGUACGGAUGCGUUGGGUUAAGCGAGGAAGCUGCUGUCGCUCGUUACGGCGAAGACAAUUUGGAAGUGUUCCAUGGAUAUUACAAGCCCACGGAGUUCUUUGUGCCCCAAAAAAGCGUCAAAUAUUGCUAUUUGAAGGCUGUGGCGAAACGCGAAGGAGACCAACAAGUGCUCGGGCUUCAUUUCGUGGGACCCGCUGCUGGCGAAGUCAUUCAGGGAUUCGCCGUGGCACUCAAGUGUGGCCUUACAGUGAAGAUUUUGCGUGAAACGGUCGGCAUUCAUCCGACAGUCGCCGAGGAAUUCACCCGUUUGAACAUUACGAAGCGUUCGGGAUUGGAUCCGACACCAGCAACGUGCUGCAGUUAAACUGCCACUUGCCUUGUUCCACGAAAAAAAAAAUAAAUAAGAGACAAAACUAACGAUAAUCACACAAGACAGGAACGUAUUUCGAAAAAAUACAUUUUUUGCACCAAAAA